GCGGCGCAGGCAGGGCUGGGGAUGCACAACGGGACAGUCCGCUUUACGGGCAAAAUACCGCACCCCUACCGAUGAACAUGGACUAAACAGCGGAGUUUGUGGGUUUAGUGCAGUGUCCGCCGAUGUGGCCGCUCACCGAGUUGAAAACAUUUGGCUUGUACUUUGACUUUUAUUCUCUUUUCACACAUCUGCAAUGAUGCGGGCUGCGCACUGGAGGAGAGCUGCUGCUGCUAUUGUGCUCUCUCUUUUCGGAUACUUUUACUCCACUGUCGCCAAAACCGUGCAAGAGGACGCCACCAGUGAAGAAGUGACGCUGAAGGUCCACCUGAGUGAUGCCCACACACACCAACCACUGGGCGGAGUCACGGUGCAGCUUUUCGCCAACCACAGCUUGGUCGCCACGGAAACAUCCUCCUCUGACGGCAACGCCCACCUGCGCUUCCCAUACCGUCUUGGGACUACACUGGUCGUCACUGCAACCAAUCAGGGAUAUGUACCCAACUCUGUGCCGUGGACUCCCGUGAGACUGCCUGUAUUUUCCUCCAUCAGCUUGGACCUGUUACCAGAAAGAGCUGCUUCUCUGAUGGUGUAUGAAGAUGUGAUAGAGAUUGUCUCAGACUUUCAUGGUUUUAAGGGUCAGCCGAGUGUCCACUUCCUGCGUAGAGCCCUGAGUCUUCCUCCAAACUCGUCCUAUUCUAACCUGACCGCUCUACUCACUGUGGCCAGCUCUGCCUCUCAUCUGCAACACUUCCCUUUUCUGCAGGGCCUCAAAGGCAACGGCACAGGGUCUGAGAGGAGGUUCGACCUGACGCCCAUUGCUGCAGUCUCUGUUCAUUUAUUGGCCAGUGACGGUGUGGAGCUGCAGGUGAACGAGCCAAUCACAGUCUCUGUCCCGCUCCCUGCAGACAGCGGCCUCAAGGAAAACGACCACGUCCCGGCCUGGAGAUUUGACCCACGAUUAGGGGUCUGGAUAAAGAGCAGCUGGGGUCACGUGCAAAAGGAAGGAGAUCAGCUCGUUUUGACGUACAUUGCCCCUCAGCUCGGGUACUGGCUUGCUGCAAUGUCCCCACUGCAUACAGGUCCCGUGAUUGCCAAAGACAUCAGUAUGUACCACACUGUGUUUCUGCUGGCCAUUCUGGGGGGAAUGGCUCUCAUCCUGCUCUGCUUGUUCUGCCUCCUGUUGUACUACUGCAGGCGCCGAUGCACAAAGUCUCGAGGCUCUCACAGAAAGUUUGUUUUAGCUUCUGGUUUGGACAACAGCAAAAGAGACCAGGCCACCUCCAUGUCCCACCUCAACCUAAUCAACAAUGAGGUGCAGCUGGAGCUCGUGUCCACUGCCACAGAGCCGGACAUGACAACCCCGAUGCUGAAGCCUUCGUCCUUCGACCCCCAUGAAAAUCGCCCCCCGCACGGCCUCCUGCAUCAAACCAAACACAGCCGCUCGUCCCUAGGCAACAACAGCCGCCAUGGAUCAUCUCUCGGCAACCUCACCCCUCGCAGCAGAGACUAUCGCCAGUCCGCGGAAACAUUUCAGCUCAAGACUGCACUUCCAUGUGGGACGGACCGAAGCUACCGCCAAUCGUACACCUCCGUCUGCUCCUCCACCAAUCCUGUUUCAGAUAGACUGUCCAAUCAGGGCCAAGUGUCUAUUAACCAGCUCAGUAGUGCCGGGAACGUUGACUGCAUUUCCCCCUCCUCCCCUCCUCACUCUCCGAGCCGAGGGGAGCCGGCUGAGUGUAGACCCCAAGACUACCUCCUAUCCCGGUCAGUAGACAACUUGGAACGCCCGCUCACUCCUCUCUCCAGACCAGGCCAAAUCCUCUGCUGCGGCUCUGUGGACUUGCUAAGUGGAGGUGAGGGCUACUCCAGAGUGCGCCCCACGCUGGUGAUCCCUGCACAUUACAUGCGUCUACCUGGGGAGCACCCGCUAUCAGGUCAAGCCCUCCUCCUCCAAACUGACGAGCAGAGCGACUUAGAAACAAUCCAAGCUGAACUAAACGCUUCCCAUUCCCAACAGCCCCUUGGACAAUCCCCAACAGACUGCAUUCCAGGGUCUACAAAAAAGACCGAAGUGGAGGGGCGGGGCUUGUCGGAGUCAUUAUCCAUCCCGACCGCCAUUGGAGAAACGGGACUUGUCGAAAUCAACAGCGAGGACACUUUGCUCGCUGAAAAAACUCUAAUGGAGCUCAGAGGUGGCAAGCCGCUGCCACACCCGCGCGCAUGGUUUGUUUCACUCGACGGCCGCUCCAACGCUCACAUUCGCCACUCCUACAUUGAUCUACAGCGAGCGGGAUGCCACAGCGGGCCAGUAGGGGGCGGGAGUAGCGGUGGAGGGAGGCAUAGCAAUAGCAACGACGCCAGCUUGGACUCCGGCGUGGAUCUAAAUGAGCCCAGAGUAGCGAAAAGAAAAGGGGAGGUAGGGAAAGAGGAGAAAGAAACUAUAAAAGAAAAACCAAAAAGCACUACACCUGCGUCUGUCUAUACACAACUGGUUUAUGUGGAUGAUAUUGAAGUAGUGAGCAGUAGUGAAGAUCCAACAACAUGUGGUCUACAAAACAACUCGCCCGCACCCACUGAAUCCAAUAUAGUCCCCGCUCUUAAUAAAGCAGAGGAGCAACAACCGCUCUCCUCUACCUCUUCUCCACCUUCAUCCCCUCAUCUUUUGCCCUCUCCCGAAGAAGUGACUAUAAGGACUGAUACACUUCUUUCUCCCAAUGAAGACGCAGUGCAAGAGGAUGGAGAGGAGGAGAAAAAAAGCCCGUGGCAGAGGAGGGAAGAGCGCCCCCUCCUGGCGUUCAAUCUGAAAUGAUGCAGGACAACCACUUUGUUUUAUAUGGGUGAAUGAAAAAUCUAAUGGACAUUUUAUGAGCGAUGUGUUGGCAAUUUAUGCACAACAAAACUAUGCCUUUGUAGAAUGUUUUGGAGAGUUUCAACUUUUAUUAUUCACGUUUUUAGCUUGAGCCAUAUUGGUCUCAUUCGUUUAAAGGUGCGCUACAUAACUUUUCUAGCGGAGGGUUUCCAAAGGAGACGUUAUUGCUUUACAGUAUGGCGUGAAAUCUGUGUAUCUCUGUGAAGGCAAUCAGGCUACCUUAUUAACAAGUCAGAUCUGUGGAGAGGUGAACACGAUCACACCAAGAAUGUUUUUCAAGGUCUUUUGAGGAUUAAAAACACCUGUAAUUGAAUAUAUCCCAAAUAGAUUAUUUAAAGCCAUACUGUGUAACAUUUUAGGCAAAAAAAAUAACAUCAUGCUUGUGACCGUCCACCAGAAAAGUUACACAUUGUACCUUUCAUUUUAUUUUGGAAGUUUUCUUUUAGACAUUUUGCAGGUGACUGAAGCACUUGCAUUGCAAAUCUGAAGGCUGCAUGAAUGAAUGUUUACUUGAAUUACCAGGGGAGACAUUUCUCGAAUCAAACCACUUUUCUUCCAUACAGCCUUGCAAGAUCCUGAAAUUCUUUAAUUAUUACACCACUAUAUUUGUAAUUAUACCAAAUACCACUGCAAGCUCACUUAAUAUGAAGGUCUCUGUAGAAGCUAAACCAGUGCUUUAAUGGCCCUGACUAUGCACCACUAUUAUACAGCUGCUUGAGGUGUUUUUAUAUUAUUUUUAUGUUAAUUAUUAUGUGUUUAAUUACCAAUGCCAACAUAAAGUAUUUACACAUAUUAUUUAGUAAAAUUGUAUGCUAAGGGCUUUUUCUUGUGCACUCUUCUUGUCAUACACACAAACAUAAAUUACCUUGAACUAAAAUUGAGCUUGCUGUUUCUUGGUGCAGCUUGAUCCCUCAAGUGCCUUUUUAAUCAACAUCACUGCAGCAGGUUUGUGGAUAUAUUUCUUUAUUUUGUUUUUAAUUUUCUGCCUUUUAUUCCUCUACCUCAUGCCGCUCUGAUUGUGUCUAAGGCAUGCAGUAAACCACUACAGCUCUAGCAACGGAUUCCUCUUAGUUAUAGUAACAAUUCACUCUUAACCCUUAUUUUAAAUGUUAAUGUUUGUCUUGUAUGUACAGAGAGACAGCCUCCAUUUGAGAUGCUGCAGGUUGGAUUGUUUUAUAAUUUAAUUUUUUUGUAUGACAGUCACAGGCAACAUCGAUUGUAACCCGACCCGUUAAAUGACUUAUUUUCAAGUGUUUAUUAUUGUGCAAAUUAAAGGCCUUUCUUUAUCUUAAAUCAAUCUCCAACUUCGAAUAUACACAUGCUUUACAUUAGCCUGAAUGUGUAAAUGAUUCACUUGCAUUAUAUUUGAAGCCUGUUAUUCUGAAUAAAUAAAUACAAUAAAAUG